UAACUUAUUAUAUCUCACGCGCCGUCAUCUCAUCUUUCCAUCGUACAUUUAGAAAGUGGUAACGAUGAUUGUCGCAAGCUGAAAAAUGAUGACUUGGACUGAAAGAUAGCCAACCCCAUUUUUUGCUCCCGAAGGUUAUUGGAAACAGCAGAUAGCAAAGGUGAUGAAUGGCUAAAGCACGCAUCUUCCAAGGGUAGCCCACAGUCACGCCAAUGGUUCAGGUAGGAGACUGCGCCAAUUCUUGUAACAGUGGUAGGAGCGAUGAUAAAACCCUGGGAGCAUCCCAAAAUCACGCCAACAUUAAUCACGUGCUAACGCGUUCACGUUCCGAUGCUUGCGCAUACGUAAAUACCGGCCCCGCACCAGGUACUAUAACCUUGUGUUCCUCCCACUUAACAGCAUACUCAUCAGCCUGUUCACGAUGCCGACUAGGGAACUCUAUAGGACUCCUGCGUUCGAUAGGCGCAAACUGAAACAAUCAUAUAUCAUUGAUUACACAUACAAGUGCCCAACUAGUGAGGAAAUCGAGAGUGCACGGCAGGAUGUACUCCAUUCGCUCGAGAAAAGGAAAGAUAUUGCCGGAUGGGUACGCGCGAACCGCAGUGCAAUCCGACGAGUUCCGAGCGAUCAGGAUAGGCGCAAGCCUAGCCGUCAGAAUCUGAUCUACUCCCAGGUCUAUGAUCUAGCCUACAAGCACGUUAUCACUCCCUCUUUUGUACAGCAUGCGGAAGUGAAAGAGGCGAUCAAAAGCUACGCCCAGUGCUGCUGCCGUGAACUUAUCGCAAAUGUGGCCCGCUUUCUUCCUAUCGAGUUGAGGAUGAUGAUCUUCGACUUACUCACCUUUCAACCCAACAUGGUGAUUCCAGGCGAGCACAGAGCCCACUACCAAGGGUAUAUAGAAUUCGAGCCGUACCAAGGUGCUAUGGAGGUCACCAAUCUGAUCAACAGCAAGUACUUUUUGACGUCCUCCUUCAUGGGCCCACUGGCAAAAGAGGUCAUCGAAGCCUUCUUUAGGGUCAACAGAUUCCACAUCUACGAUUCAUACAACCUAGGGGCGUACACCGGGCCAGUAUCGAUUCACUGCUCCACCAAUGAGGCCAUCGUUCCGACCCAUUCUAUACGCCACAUGGUCGUUGUCCUUCGUGGCGACAUGCGCGAUACAUGCAUCGAGGCUAAAACGCGCAAGAUGCGAUAUGGGCAAACCAGCCGUCGUUUCGGACUAAGACCUACGAAGGAGCUUUGCGAGAGCCUCGAAUUACUGCUUACGAGCAAGCGGCCUCGAGGACUUCACCUUGAAAUCCCCAUCUUGGCGAAUGAUGGAGAACGACUUGACGACAUCCUGGAUACAUUGAAGGGGACACGACAUCGCUUGAUCGCAGCUGGCGUCCAUGUUCGAGUCACUAGUCAAAACUACGAACAACUGUGGUAUCCGCAGUGCCUUGACGCUUACUACGGUUGCGCAAAGGAAGACUGGUACGCGAUACUCGCUGCGCAUCGCAGAGUCACUCCUGUACGUCGAGGUGAAAGUGAAGGUGAAAGUCCAAGUCCAAUUCCACAGACUGGAGAUGGGCGAAGGGGUUAUUCCUGGGCCAGAGGCAUUGUUUAG